UAACCAUGCAUGGAAAUGAGUAUUUUAAGUUUUGACGGAAGCAAAACCACCUCGGAUUCAAUAAAGUUGUCUUUUUUAAAAGAAAAUUCAAUUAGUUAUAAAGUGAUGAAGAAAAGCAAAUUAUAAAAUAUAAAUCCAGUUAAGCAUUUGUUCUACACUCACUCUCACUUACUGCCAUCUAUUUGCCAGUUUGGAAAUAUUUCUUUAAUCCCUUGAAAUGCUGCCAAAAACACCUCUGGCAGCUUCUGUUACUCAAUACAUCUUUUACUAGUUCUAAAAACUGAUCGAUAUUCAGUAAUAAUCUAUGUCAAGAUUCAUGCAAGACCAAAUUGGCAUUCCUGCUUGCUUUUCAUCAGGGGAGAAGUUCACUGAUGAUCCCGCCGCGAUAACAAGGUCUGGUCAGAGUGUUUUCAUGUCAGUUUAUCGGACAAAGAUCGCCGAUCAGUGUCGUUUGAUCACCAUCACAUGGUGCAAAAACUUGCUACUUCAUGGCCUUUCGGUAUCAGUAGAAGGAGAGAAAGGAGAGAAGCAGUAUUGCACCUGCAAAGUUGAGCUGAAGCCAUGGUAUUUUUGGAGGAAACAAGGCUCCAAGCGGUUUGUAGUUGACGGUAAAGCAGUUGAUAUAUUUUGGGACCUCAAGGCAGCCAAAUUCAAUGGCGAAACUGAGCCCAUCUCGGAUUACUAUGUUGCAGUUGUUUGUGAUGAAGAGGUUGUGCUCUUACUUGGUGAUCUGAAGAAAGAUGCAUAUAGAAAAACUGGGUGUAGGCCUGCUCUUAUUGAUCCAGUUAUGGUUUCAAGAAAGGAACACAUAUUUGGCAAGAAGAAAUUCUCCACGAAGGUAAAAUUCCAUGAGAAAGGUAGGUUUCAUGAGAUCUCAAUUGAAUGCAAGAAUAGAACAAUAAAUAGUACUGGAAAUACGAGCAAUGGUAAUAUUUCUUCGGGUGGAGGAGUUGAGCCAGAAAUGGAGAUAAGGAUUGAUGGGCAUUUGGUGAUUCACGUCAAGCAUCUUCACUGGAAAUUUAGAGGUAACGAGUCUGUUCAUGUGAAUAAAGCAAGAGUGGAAGUGUAUUGGGAUGUCCAUGACUGGCUAUUUAGUCCAGGUUUAAGACAUGCCUUGUUUAUAUUUAAGCCAAUUAUGUCAUCAUCAUCGUCUCUUUCUUCUCUAUCAAGUACAUCUUCUUCGCCGCCAUUGUCAUCGUUCACAUCAACACCAUUGUCUUCUCAGGCAGGAAGUUGUGAUUCAAUAGAAGGUGGGUCAUCUGAGUUUUCCUUAUUUCUCUAUGCCUGGAAGGUUGAAUGAUGAGAGGAACAUAUAAUCCCCAAUGUUGUAAAAUCUUCAUCAAUUCAUCAUCAUCAACAACAACAACAAUAACAACAACAAGAAGGAAAGAAUAAGGCUAUGGGGUAGGCAAUAUGGAUCGAUGAGGAUGUAGAUUGGUUGAAGAAAGAGGCAAGAUGAUUGGGAGAUGAAGAAAGAAGAAGUGGGGACAAAGAGGAAAGGGAAUAGAAGGUCUCUACAGCUGGGAUUCAACAAGUGGGCCUAAUUGGACAAGACAGAUUGUAUCAUCUACAUGCCCAAUAAUUCCAUCUCUAUACGCAUCUCCGUCUGUUUUUAACAAAAUUCUCCAUUAAUUUUUC